AUGAAGGGGGACCCUCCACCUAUUUAUAGCCACGAAAGGCGGUUUCAGGAACGCAUCGUGACCGCUCUUUUUGGCGAGAUCCAACGGCGAGGAAGAAACGACGCUUCAAGUACAACCUUGAAAAAAGUGCAAACCAAUCCUGACCCUCCUUGCAAGUGUGAUCGUGGGGCUGGGAGAUUGCGACCUUUCAACUCCAGAUAUCACUAUCAUUCGAUGUCAAGGAAGAAAUUUGUGGUGAAAGUUGGGAGAGCGUCGAAGUCUAAUGCCUUGGAGAAGUUUAGACCUUAUCUUAUUGGGUCUAAGGUGAUUAUCUACACUGAUCAUGCAACUAUAAAGCAUUUGUUAACAAAGCCAAACUCAAAGCCACGGUUGAUUAGAUGGGUUCUCUUGCUAAGGGAGUUUGAUGUGGAUAUUCAUGACAAAAAGGGGAGUGAAAACUUGAUUGCCGAUCACUUAUCCCGGUUAGUCAAUGAUGAAGUCAUAAGUAAGGAAAAGGAAAUUUGGGAGUCCUUUUCAGACGAGACACUCUUGUAUAUUCAACAGAGGCCAUGGUUUACUGAUAUGGCUAAUUUUAAAGCUGCAAGAGUAAUUCCAAAAGAGUUGAAUUGGAAAUAA